AGCUGACACGCGAGGAAAGCUGGCGACAUCACCAGCUGAGACACACAUCCGCAUUGAGCACCUCUCUUCAAUUCCCAGUACUGUCUUGCCCUUAUCGUCCCUCCUUCAGACUCGUUACAUUCACCUCACCUUACUUCUUGUCGUGCCUGCCAUAUUGGGAAAGGGGAAGAAGGCGCAUUUAGGGAGCUUGGACUUGCAAGGCUAAGGUGUCUAUGGAAGCUUAAACAUUAACGGCCAUCGACCACAUCCUACCUCUCACACGCGCCAAGAUGGCGUCUCAGAGGAAGAGUGACAGGCACGACGCCUCAUAUUCCAAUGGCACCCCAAUCACACCCGGCAUGGUGCAAUCCUCACCCGACAAACCCCCCCACCCUGCAUAUGACUACACCUCCUCCGGCGUCACGGACAACAACCCCUUCAAUCUCAAGAGCCACGACUGGGAAGCCCUCGGCGCCGUCACCCUCAUCGCCCUCUUCGUGCGCCUCUUCCGCAUCUACCAACCCUCCUCCGUCGUCUUCGAUGAGGUGCACUUUGGUGGCUUCGCCAGCAAAUACAUCAAGGGUAAGUUCUUCAUGGACGUGCAUCCACCGCUGGCGAAGUUGUUGAUUACGUUGGCGGGGUGGCUGGCUGGCUUUGAUGGCGAGUUUGACUUCAAGGACAUUGGCAAGGAUUAUGUCGAACCAAGAGUGCCGUAUGUGGCUAUGCGGCUGCUGCCUGCGCUCUGUGGUGUGCUGCUGAUUCCGACGGGUUUCUUGACGCUGAAAGCAGCUGGCUGCAAGACCAUCUCGGCAACGCUGGGUGCCGCGCUCCUGCUCUUCGAGAACGGCCUGGUCACGCAAAGCCGCCUUAUCCUGCUAGACGCACCCCUCGUCAUCUUCACCGGCAUGACGGCUCUAAGCUGGUUCUCCUUCACCAACCAACACGAACUCGGCCCCUCCCGCGCCUUCACCCCCUCCUGGUGGUUCUGGCUCACCGCCACCGGCCUCUGCCUCGGCGCAACUGUCAGCGUGAAAUGGGUCGGCCUCUUCACCAUCGCCUGGGUCGGCUCCCUUACCGCCCUGCAACUCUGGGUCCUCCUCGGCGACACCCACAACGUCACCAUCCAGAAAUGGUUCAAACACCUUUUCGCCCGCGUUUUCUGCCUUAUCGUCAUCCCGAUCACUUUCUACAUGGCCAUGUUCGCCAUCCACUUCACCUGUCUCGUCAACCCGGGCGACGGUGACGGCUUCAUGUCCUCCGAGUUCCAAUCCACCCUCAACACAAAAUCCAUGGCUGACGUCCCCGCCGACGUCGCCUACGGCUCCCGCAUUAGCUUGCGCCACCACAACACCCAAGGCGGCUACUUACACUCUCACUCCCACAUGUACCCGACCGGCAGCAAACAACAGCAAAUCACCCUCUACCCGCACAAGGACGAAAACAACGUCUGGCUCGUGGAAAACCAAACCCAACCCAUCGAUUGGUCCGCAGAUCCCACAGGCAACACGUCUGUUGCCGGUCCCUUCGCCUGGGACGCGCUGAAACCCGAAUACGUCCAAGACGGCGCCCUCAUCCGUCUCUACCACAUCAUCACCGACCGCCGUCUACACUCCCACGACGUCCGUCCCCCGCUCACAGAAGCAGACUGGCAAAACGAAGUCUCCGCCUACGGCUACGAAGGGUUCGAAGGGGACGCCAACGAUCUCUUCCGCGUCGAAAUCGUCAAGUCAAUGUCCGACGGCUCGGCGGCGAAAGAACGACUCCGAACGAUCCAGACCAAGUUCAAACUCGUGCAUAUCAUGACCGGGUGCGUGCUGUUUAGUCACAAAGUCAAGCUGCCCGAUUGGGGCUUCGAGCAGCAGGAAGUCACGUGUGCGAAGGGAGGGACGCUGCCGAAUAGUGUUUGGUACAUCGAGUCCAACACCCACCCCGCCAUGGAAGAAGGCAGCGUGGAGAAGACGAAUUACCGUAACCCGGGCUUCUUUGGCAAGUUUUGGGAACUGCAGAAGGUGAUGUGGACGACUAAUGCUGGACUGGUGGAGAGUCAUGCUUGGGAUUCGAGACCACCGUCCUGGCCGGUCUUGAGGCGCGGGAUCAACUUUUGGGGGAAGGACCAUCGACAGAUCUAUCUACUGGGAAACCCUUUGAUUUGGUGGGCGAGUACCGCGGCGGUGGGCGCUUGGGUGGUGUUCAAGGGACUGGCGGUGUUAAGGUGGCAGCGCAGUUGUGAGGAUUAUCGGGAUGUAACGUUUAGGCGGUUGGAUUAUGAGGUCGGGACCAGUGUGUUGGGUUGGGCGUUUCAUUAUUUUCCUUUCUACCUCAUGCCGCGGCAACUCUUCCUCCACCACUACCUCCCCGCCCUCUUCUUCGCCAUCAUCACCCUCACCCAACUCUUCGACUACACCUUCCACCGCAUCACUCUCAGCUUACCAAACAACACGAACCUCUCCUUCAAACACUACGCCGCCGUCGGCCGCACCGCCGCCGUUUUAAUGCUAGCAGCCAGCAUCGCAGUCUUCUACCUCUACGCCCCCAUCACCUACGGAAACACCUGGACGAAGUCCGACUGCAACCGCGUGAAGCUAUUCGAAACGUGGGAUUGGGACUGCAAUACCUUCCUGGACUCCUACGCGGACUACGGUUCCCUCGCCGUCGCCGCCCCAACCGGAGACGCCGCGCCAACGGGGAUGGAAGCCGCGCACGGCCCCGCGCCGCCCGUCGCAGAGGAUCCGGCGAAGGAUGUCAGUAUCACCCCCGGAGCGGGCGGGCACAUGAAUGUACCCCCCGGAGCGGUGACGGAGGAGAAGAUUGAGUAUAGGGAUGAGAAUGGCAAUUUGCUGGAUGAGGCGCAGGUCAAGGCUUUGGAGGGGAAGGUGUCGUUCUCGACGCGGUACGAGACGCGCACGAGGUUGGUGGAUGAGAUGGGGAGGGAGAUUUAUAACGAGGUUGUUGAGCCGGCGGGGAUUGAGCCGGUGGGUGAGGGUGUGGAGCAGGAUAGCGUGGCUGCGGAUGGGGUGGCCGGAACGAGCGCCAGUGGACCUGAGGUCGAGACGCAUGGCCGGCCCGAGGCGGAGGCGAGUGCCAGCCCGCCUGGUGUGGAUGUCGAGGAGGAUUUGGAGAAGGAGGAGUGGGUUGAGGGUGCGAGGGCGACGGCGGAGCCGGAGAGUGAGGCUGUUAGUCAGACGAGGAGGGAUGAGUUGUGAGUGGCAG